AUGUAUAUGGACCAUCUGCAUUAUGCGCAGAAUGGAUAUAUCCCAUAUGAGCAAGUAGUGGACAACGUCUGGCUCAAUGUCUUGCAAAACUACCAUCCCCUUCCCUUCGUGCGGAUUACGGCGUGGAACGAGAGUCAUAUAGCCGUCGAUACACUAGCAACCACGAAUAGCAAACAAGGCAAUGUCUCCAUCAAAUCGACGGACAUUCGGGAAAUGUUAGUCUUUUUGGGCAGCGCGAAGCGCGAUCUAGCCCCUGCAACUUGGCCGAAGGCGAUCGAAACCUCUAAGCCCAUCGAAAUGUCCAAGCCCCAGUCAGUUCCUUCGGGCAGUGCGGAGCGCGAUCAAGCCCCUGCAACUUGGCCCAAGGCGAUCGAAAUCUCCAAGCCCCAGUCAGUCCCUUCGGGCAGCGCGAAGCGCGAUCAAGCCCCUGCAACUCGACCGGAAACAAUUAAAAUCUUUAAGUCCUUGGGCUCUAUUCCGGUCAUACGAGCUAAUCAUUAG